CGAGCGCUCCGCGGGGCGACCGGGGCGGCUGCGGCACCGGGUAGCACCGACACAUCGGGGUGGCCGCGGCAAAAGAGCGCUCCGCGGCGCUGGGGAUACCGGAGCGGCCGGCGGUACCGAAGCGAGCGUGGCACCAGAACACCGGGACACCGGAGCGGCUGCGGGACGUCUCGGCGGAGCCGGAUUCUGCGGGAUGUGAGCGCAGCCAGCGCGGGACGCGCGGUGAUUAAAGGAGAUCAAGCCACCCUCUGCUCUGCAAGUCACUAGCAAUGGAACAGAUGAAGGGGUCAGCCAUGCUUCUGCUGGAGCUGCUAAUUCUUGGAGGCCUGAGAGCAGGGAAAGGCUCUGCUGUCCUGGGCACCCUGGAUCUACAAAUAGAUGAGGAGCAGCCAGCUGGCACCAUCAUUGGGGACAUCAGUGCUGGCCUGCCUCCAGGAACCAGUGCCUACAUGUAUUUCAUCUCUGCACAGGAGGGCAGUGGUGUCACCACUGAUUUGGAGAUAGAUGAGAACACCGGUAUCAUCAAAACAGCUCGUGUCUUAGACCGAGAGACUCGAGACCACUACAGCUUCAUUGCUGUUACCCCAGAGGGCAUCACAGUAGAAGUGAACAUCCAAGUGAAUGACAUCAAUGACCAUGCUCCAGCCUUUCCCAGACAACACAGCACCUUCCAGAUCCCAGAGCACACACCCAUUGGCAGCAGAUUUCCCUUGGACCCAGCCUUUGAUGCUGACAGCGGCCUACUCAAUACACAGGGCUAUGUGAUAAAGGGAGACAAUGUGGGGCAGGCCUUCCGCCUGGAGACACGUCGAGGACCCAACGGGGUCCUUUAUUUGGACCUGGUAGUCAGCAACGUCUUGGAUCGGGAGAACCGUUCAUCAUAUUCGCUGCUGUUGGAAGCCUACGAUGGUGGCUCUCCCCCCCGGAGCACGCAGAUGACGCUGGAUGUGUCCAUCCAGGACAUCAAUGACAAUGCUCCUAGCUUUAACCAGAGCCGCUAUCACACUCUCAUCUCAGAGAAUUUGAAACCUGGCAGCAGCAUCCUGCAGGUCUUUGCCUCUGAUGCAGAUGAAGGUGACAAUGGGGAUGUGAUUUAUGAGAUCAACCGUCGGCAGAGCGAUCCUGACCAGUACUUCACCAUUGACUCCCGGACUGGAGUCAUCAAGCUCAACAAGGGUCUGGACUACGAAGUAAGGAAAGUGCACGAGCUGGUGGUACAGGCAAGGGACAAGGCUGUCCAUCCUGAGGUCACUACAGCCUUUGUCACUAUUCAUGUGCGUGACUACAAUGACAACCAGCCCACCAUGACUAUCAUCUUCCUGAGUGAGGAUGGCUCCCCACAGAUCUCCGAGGGAGCCCAGCCUGGCCAGUAUGUGGCACGCAUCUCUGUUUCUGACCCAGACUAUGGUGAGUACUCCAAUGUCAACGUCACACUGGAGGGAGGGGAUGGCAAAUUUGCCCUCACUACCAAGGACAAUAUCAUCUACCUGAUCUGUGUGGACCAGCUUCUGGAUCGGGAAGAAAGAGACUCCUACGAUUUGCGAGUGACAGCUACUGACUCAGGAACUCCUCCUCUCCGGGCAGAAUCAGCCUUUGUGCUGCAAGUGAUGGAUAUCAACGACAACCCUCCACUCUUUGACCAGCAGGAGUACAAACAGAGCAUCCCUGAGGUUGUGUACCCAGGCAGUUUUGUGCUGCAGGUGACAGCUCGUGACAAGGACCAGGGUCCCAAUGGGGAGGUGCGGUACAGUAUUGUGCAUGGCCAGGAUGUCCACUCCAGCUGGUUUGCCAUUGACCCUGCAACAGGGAUCAUCACCACUGCUGCCCCACUGGAUUAUGAGAAGGAUCCUCAGCCUCAGCUCACAGUGCUGGCCACAGACAGGGGAACCCCUCCCCUCUCCUCCUCAGCUGUGGUGCGUGUGGCCCUCCAGGAUGUCAAUGACAACGAGCCAGUGUUCAGGAAUAACUUCUACAACAUGUCCCUGAAGGAGAACACCCCUGUUGGGACCUGCUUCUUACAGGUGACAGCCACAGAUGCAGACAGUGGUGUGUUUGGCUCCCUGUCCUACUCCAUUGGUUCUGGCAUCGGCAGCAUUGUCCCCACGCAGUUCAGCAUUGACAAGCACACGGGGCAGCUGUGCACUGUGCAGCCUCUGGAUCGUGAUGAGGGCACGUCUGCUUACGACUUCACCAUCACUGCAGUUGAUGGGGGUGGCCUGAACUCCAUGGUGUACGUGAAGGUUUUCCUGGAGGACAUAAAUGACAACCGGCCGGUCUUUUACCCUCUGGAGUAUGCUGCGAGCAUCAGCACACAGAGCAUGCCAGGCACAGCUGUGCUGCGUGUUACUGCCCACGACAAGGAUGAGGGGCUGAACGGGAGAGUGACCUACCGCAUUGUCCUGGGAAACUCACCCCCUCUCUUCUCCCUCAACAAGGACACCGGUGUCAUCUCCCUCUCAUGGUCCUUGAGUGGUAAAGCCAACACCCUGGUGCAGCUGGUGAUCUCUGCACAAGACGGUGGGGGCCUGCAGGCACAGCCGAACGCCCGGGUGAACAUCAGCAUCGUGGAGGGGACCGUCUCACCCCCUGUCUUUGAGCAAGCUCAGUACUUCUUCACAGUGCCCGAGGACAUGCUGCAAGGCGCCAGUGUGGGGGCUGUCCGGGCACAGAACCCUCCAGGCCAUGUUGAUGACAUCUUUUAUUCCAUCUCCUCGGGGGAUCCUCAUGGCUACUUUUCCAUCGACUCUGCCUCCGGGCAGCUCUGCACCAGCAUGCCUCUUGACCAUGAGUCCCAGGCAGUCCUCGUUCUGGAUGUCCAGGCCCGGAGUGGUUCACCUCCUGCCUAUAGCAACACACGUGUCAAAAUCUCUGUGUCGGAUGUGAACGACAAUGUGCCAGUGUUCCCAGCCCCCUCUGAUUCCAUUCUGCUGCCAGAGGCCACGGAACCUGGGACUACAGUGUAUACUGUGCAGGCUGAGGACCGUGACAGUGGUGCCAAUGGUCAGGUGAACUUUGAGCUGGUGUCAGGAGGUGAUGGCACCUUCAGCGUGGAGCGCUUGUCAGGAGCAGUACGACUUAUGGGGGCCCUGCAGUACGAAGCCAGCACAACAUACAGGCUGGCCAUUCUGGCCCGGGACAGUGGCGUGCCCCAGCUCAGCUCCACGUUCACGCUGCUGGUGCAUGUGCAAGCUGAGCAUGAUAAUGGGCCCAUCUUUGACACACUCACCUACCGUGUGGAGGUGCAGGAAGGUGUCCCUGUGUCCACACGGUUCCUGCAGGUCCGGGCUCUGGCACGCGAUGCAGAAUCUGUGACUCUCACCUACCACCUGCGUGCAGAUGGGGAUGCUGCCAGCUUCGGCAUCAUGCCCGAGAGCGGCUGGCUCUAUGUCAAAAGUGCUCUGGACCGGGAGACACGGGACCUGUACGUGCUCACGGUGCUGGCCUCGGCGGGAGGCAGCGGUGCCGGGGGGGAAGCCCGGAAAACUGGCACCAGCACUGUACGGAUCAGCAUCACUGAUGAGAAUGACAACAGCCCCCGGCUGAGUGAGGAGCGUUACUUCUUCACCGUGCCUGAGAACCAGGCUCCUGGCAGCAGUGUGGGGCAGGUGAUGGCCAGUGACCGGGAUGCUGGGCAGAACAGCCGGCUCACCUACCGCCUGCUCCAGCACGAUCCCAACUUCCUGAUCCACACACAGACAGGGGAGCUCAGCACCAAGCAUAGCCUGGACCGGGAGCAGCAGUCCAGCUACCAGCUCCUGGUGAUCGUGCAGGAUGGGGGAGCACCACCCCGCAGUGCCACAGGAACCAUCUAUGUCACUGUGCUGGAUGAGAAUGACAAUGCUCCCACUUUCCUUCAUGUGGCCAGUGGUCAGGAGCUGCCUGUGCAGGUGCUGGAAGAAAAGCCAUCAGGACUUCUAGUCGCCUCCCUACAGGCCAAGGAUCCCGACGAGGGUGAGAAUGGAACCGUCAUCUACUCACUGACAGGAGCCUGGGCAGAGCGUUUCACCCUGCACGUGGCUACCGGAGAGCUGCGCACUGCCACCGUCCUGCGCCGCUCGGACCGGGCUGAGUACCUCUUCACUGUGACAGCCAGCGACCGCGGCACGGUGCCCCGCAGCACGUCAGCCAGCAUUCGUGUUCAGGUACUGCCAUCCUCCCGGGUGCUGCCGCGGCCUGAUGCCACUGUGCUGACCCUGCAUCCUCUUGAGGGGGUCAAGCCAGGCUCUGUGAUCGGCUCGGUGGCACCCCCAGAUGCCCCUGCGCGAGGACAGCUGACCUACACGCUGGUAGGAGGUGGUGGAGAUGGCACCUUUGUGGUUGACAGUGUAACAGGGGAGAUUUAUGCUGCCCGGGAACUAGACUACGAAGCUGGGGCACGGCACGUGCUUCAGGUGAGCGCUGAGGACACUCAGCAUGGAUACCCCUCCAGCCGGCUGGUGCUGGUCCAGAUCCACGUGCAGGACUGCAAUGACCAGGCACCUACCUUCCCUGAAGACCCCAUCACUAUCGUGGUGCCUGAAAACACCCAGGCUGGCUCAUCCAUCUUCACCUUCCAGGCACUGGAUAGGGACGGGGUGGGUCCCAACAGCCAAGUGCGGUACGCGUUGCUGCACCAGGAGCCACCUGGGGCUCCCUUCCAGCUCGACAGCCGCUCGGGGCUGCUCACCCUCAGCCAGAGCCUUGACCGGGAAGCUGCUGCCUCCUUCCUUUUGGUGGUGGAGGCCACGGACCAGGCUCGCAACGUCAGCCAGCGCCGCUCGGCGGCUGUCACUGCCCGCGUGUUUGUGACCGAUGAGAAUGACAACGCGCCCGUGUUCCUCUCGCCUGCUGCCGUCAGCAUCAUGGAGGACCAGCCCACAGGGUUUGUGGCACUGCAUGUGGUGGCCCAGGACAAGGAUCUGGGGGAGAAUGGGCGUGUGAGCUACUCGCUGAGAGCAGGCAACAGUGAUGGACGCUUCCACCUGAACCCCAGCACAGGUGCGCUCUCCAUCGUGCGGGCUCUGAACCGGGAGGAGGUGGUGCAGCACAACCUGACGGUGGUGGCCGUGGACCACGGCUUCCCGCGCCGCUCUGCCACGCAGCUGCUGGCCGUGCUGGUGCUGGAUGUCAACGAUGAGGCUCCCACUUUUGAGAAACCCGAGUAUGAAGCUCACAUCAUGGAGAACUUGCCGGCUGGCAGCCCUGUGCUGCAGGUGCUGGCCACAGACCGGGACCUGGGUGCCAAUGGGCAGGUGUCCUAUGGGGGUCUCUCUGGGGGGCCCUUCUCCAUCAACCCACAGACAGGGCUCAUCACCACCACACACAUCCUGGACCGCGAGGAGCAGGAGCAACAUGUGCUGAUGGUCUAUGCUCGGGAUGGUGGCCUGCCCCCCAACCUCUCUAAGGCAACUGUGCGGAUAACAGUAGGGGACGAGAAUGACCACGCACCACACCUUGAAAGCGAGUCCUGCUCUGUGGAGGUCCCAGAGAACCAGAGCCAUGUGGCACUCUACACCCUGCGGGCCACGGACCCCGAUGGAGGCGAGAAUGGGCGCCUGGAAUACCGCCUGGCAGAUGGAGACCCUGGGCAGGAUUUCAGCCUAGACCCAGUCUCUGGUGUCCUCUCCACUGCACGUGCUCUUGACCGGGAGCAAGUUGCUUCCUACAGCCUCACAGUGGUGGUGCAAGACCAUGGCACCCCCCCACGCAGUGCCACCAUGUCCGUGCACGUGAAGGUGCUGGACCUCAAUGACAACACUCCUGGUUUCACUCAAGCUGCCUACAUGGUGGAGGUGCCAGAGGACUUGCCUGUCGGUGCACUGGUGCUGCAGCUGGUGGCUCAUGACCCAGACGAGGGCACAAAUGGGCAGGUCUCCUACUACCUGGGCAACGAAUCCCUUGGCAUGUUCCAGGUUGAGCCGCAGAGUGGGCGCAUCAGCAGCACCCAGGCACUGGACCGGGAGCACCAGCCCAGCUACAGCUUCCUGGCCAAGGCUGUGGACUUGGCGCCAUGGGAGCCCAAGAGCGCAGCUGUGCGUGUCACCGUCACUGUGCGAGAUGUCAAUGACCAUGCCCCUGCCUUUCUGCACAGCCCACUCACUGUCAACUUGUCCCGCCACACACCACUCAAGCAGGUCGUGGCCACCAUGAGGGCAGAGGACAGGGAUGCGGGUGCUAAUGCCUCCAUCCUGUACCGCCUUGCCACCCCCAACUCUGCCUUCGCCAUCAACUCCUACACCGGGGAUAUCCAACUGCUGCAGCCCCUGGGUUCGCUCAGCCAGCGCCAGCGGACGCUUUUCAUCCUGGCCACAGACCUGGGGCAGCCGGCACUCUCCUCAACCGGGGUGGUGGUGAUCCAUGUGCAGGAAGAGCCCUUCCGUGGGCUGCGCUUUCCCCGGAGCACCAGUGAUGUGGCUCUGCCGGAAAAUGCUGCCCCAGGCACUGCUGUGGCGAGCAUCCAGGCCGUGCACAUGGGGGGCUCAUCCGGACACAUCACCUACAGUAUUGUCAGCGGCAAUGAGAAGAAGGCUUUCCUCAUCCAGCCCAGCUCAGGUGCCAUCUCAGUCCAGGACUCCAGUAGUCUGGAUUUUGAGGCCAGCCCCCGGCUGCGCCUGGUGGUCCAGGCAGAGACAGCAGCUUCCUUUGGCUUCAUGGCCAUAAACCUGAACCUGCAAGAUGUGAAUGACAACUUGCCACGCUUCCAGCUGCAGAACUAUGUGGCAUUCAUCUGGGAGUCACAGAGCUAUGACUCGCCCGUCAUCCAGGUCCUGGCAGAUGAUUUGGAUCAGGGAGCAAAUGGGCAGGUGACUUAUGCCAUCAACCAGUCCCUGCCAAUGACAGGCUUGUAUCACAUCGAUCCUCAGACUGGCACCAUCACUACUGCUGCCAUCCUGGACAGGGAGAUCUGGUCUCAGACCCGUUUGGUGGUAACAGCCAUGGACAGAGGGACCCCGCCGCUGGUGGGCUCAGCCACGCUGACUGUGGUGGUGAUGGACGUCAAUGACAACAGCCCCACCAUCCCAUUUCCCUGGGAGGUGCGGGUCCCAGAGAACACUCUGCUGGGCACCCAGAUAGCCCAACUGACUGGGAAUGAUGUGGACUCGGGCCCUGCACUGUCCUACACACUCUUGCUGGAUGGGGAUGCUGUGGGCACGUUCAGUGUGCUGCGCUACGGUGGGCACAUUGCGCUCACGGGGCCGCUGGACUAUGAGCAGCGCAGCCAGUACACUCUCACCCUGCGAGCCUCCGACAGCCGCCACGAGACCGAGGCCAACCUCACUGUCAUUGUGGAGGAUGUGAAUGACAACGCGCCAACCUUCAGCCAGGGCUUCUAUCAGGUGCCGCUGCCAGAGCACACACCUGCAGGCAGCAUCAUUCUGACCGUGAGCGCAACUGACCCGGACGCAGGGACCAACGGGGAUGUCACCUUCCGCCUGGCCGUGCCCAGCCCCGAUGUUGCCAUCGACCCCAGCAAUGGGACCCUCUUCACCCUCCGGCAGCUGGAGUUUGAUGCCAGUCAGCCCACCCUGGACCUGGUGGUGGAAGCCCAUGACCAUGGCUCACCCAGCCUCUCCUCCUGGGCCACGGUGCAGCUCCAAGUGCUGGAUGUGAAUGACCACAGCCCCAGCUUCCAGGAGCCAGGCUACAACGCCAGCAUCCCUGAGGACUUGCGCCCAGGAACCACAGUGCUGACCCUGGAAGCUGGCGACGCGGAUGUCUCUCGGGAGAAUGCUGGCUUUGACUACACCAUUGUCAGUGGCAACGGUGGCAAUGCCUUCCGCGUGGAGAGCCGGGUAGCCUGGGCUGGGGGGCACCUCCGCACACAGGGAGCCUUGGUGCUAGUGGAGCCCUUGGACUUUGAGACCAUUCCAGUCUACAACCUCACAGUGGCAGCCUCAGACCGGGGCCUGCCGCAGCGCAGCACCACUGUGCCUGUGCUCAUCACUGUGCAGGAUGUGAACGACAACCCGCCUGUGUUCACGCGGGCCGAGUACCGCACAGCGGUGAGUGAGAGUGCACCAGCUGGCACCGAGCUGCUGCGCCUGGUGGCCCACGACGCUGACUCGGGGCCCCGCGGUCACAUUCACUACACCAUCAGCUCAGGGGACCAGCACGGGCUCUUCCAGCUGCAUGAGAGUACUGGGGCCCUGUGCCUGGCGCAGCCACUGGACCGGGAGGCACAGGCGGUGCACACGCUUGUGGUGCAGGCCACAGAUGUGCCGGGUGGGCACUUUGCGCUGGUACCGGUGGCCAUCGAGGUGAAGGAUGUCAACGACAACAAGCCCUAUUUCCCGGUGGAGGUGCUGAGUGCCAGCAUGCGGGAGAACCUCCCUCCUGGCACACUGGUCACCACGCUGCGUGCUGUCGAUGCAGACACUGGUGUCUUUGGGGAGCUGCGGUACACGGUGCUGGAACAGCCAGUGGGGGAGCCCAGCAUGGCUGAGGGCCGUGAUGCUUUUGCCAUCAACAGCAGCUCUGGGGAGCUGCGCUCCUGCCUUACCUUUGACUAUGAACGAGCCAAAACCUUCCAGUUUCUAGUCAGGGCCACGGAUGCUGGCAAUGCCUCUGCCACAGUGACUGUGCGGGUGCUGGUGACAGGGGAGGAUGAGUACGACCCCAUCUUCCUGAGCCCCUCCUUCAACUUCGAGGUCCCAGAGGGAGCCCGCAAAGGACAGAGCAUUGGGCGGGUGCUGGCAACAGAUGAGGAUGAGGGAGCUGACGGUGUCGUCCUGUACUCCCUGGCAAAGCCCUCGCCGUACUUUGCCAUCAACCAAACCACAGGCACCAUCUACCUGCGCGUGGACAGCCAGCCACAGGCCGGGGCCGGGCGCGCCAAGAGGGAGCCACGCGAGAUGAGCCUGGAGGUGCAGGCGCGCAGCCCCCUGCCCGCCUCGCGCUCGGCCUCGGCACAGGUCACCAUCGAUGUCACGCACACCUCCUUUGGCCUGGCUCCCGACCUCAACCUGCUGCUGGUGGCAGUGGCUGCCUCGCUGGGGGUCGUGGUGGUGCUGGCUGCCGUGGCCAUUGUGCUGGCGCUGGUCCGCUCCCGGCACCGCCGGGGCCGUGAGAAGCCAGAGGGGGACGGGCCGCUGGGCCGCGUGCCAAGCGGAUCCCUGCAGAAGCUCGGCCGCGAGGAGCCGGCACUGCCCGGGAGCGAGCACAUUUACCACCAGGCCCUGCCGGGAUACGGCGGCGAGCCGGCAGGGCCCUACACGCGGGGCGGCUCGCUGGACCCCUCGCACUCCAGCGGCCGAGGCUCCGCUGAAGCCGCUGAGGAUGAUGAGAUCCGGAUGAUCAACGAGUACCCGCGUGUGGCCAGCAUCACUGCCUCCAUGCAGGAGCACAUCUCUGCCCGCGGCCCCGACUCCGGCAUCCAGCAAGAUGCCGACCAGCUCUCUGAUAUCUCCUGCGAGCCGGCUGCCCUGGAGAGCACCCAGUGGUUCAAGAGCAAGAAGGGCUCCGGGCUGCUGCUGCCGGGGCCACCACCGCUGUACCGCGAGGAUGGAGGCGGCAGCGCCUUCCUCGGUGUGCGCUGCGGCCUUAGUGUCUCUUCCCAGCCUCAGGACUACACCUUCCCAGAGGAUGGCAAGCCCUCUGUGGAGGGCUCGCUCACCGCCAUUGUGGCCAGCGAUGAGGAGCUCCGCGGCAGCUACAACUGGGAUUACCUGCUGAACUGGUGCCCCCAGUUCCAGCCGCUGGCCAGCGUCUUCACAGAGAUCGCCCGCCUCAAGGAUGAGAGCUCUUUGCGCAAGCCCUUCCCAACCAAGCCCAAGGCAGAGCCCAAGCCCCGAAUCGACCCCCCACCCCUCAUCACCUCGGUGGCCCACCCAGGUGCCAAGUCUGUGCCCCCCAAGCCACCCCCGGGCAGGACCUUCCCGCACCCAUCUUCCCUGCGCCGCUCGCCCAUCAGCCACGAGGGCUCCAUCUCCUCCUCUGCCAUGUCACCCAGCUUCUCCCCCUCGCUGUCCCCGCUGGCCGCCCGCUCCCCCGUGGUCUCGCCCUUUGGCAUCUCCCAGGGGCCUUCUGCCUCUGCCAUCAGCGCUGAGCACUCGCUGGAGCCUCCCGAGGAGGCUGAGCUCAGGAUUUAGACCUGGGCCCAUGGACUCCUCUGCCCCCCCCGCAGCCAUGUGGGGUCAGGAGCGAGGCCAAGCCCCAGGCUGCAUUUUGUGGGUGCUAAUCCUGCUCUCCCAGCACCUUGCCUGGCCCAGAGCUCCCGUGGGCUGUGGGUUCCUGUGUGCUUUGGGGCUGUUGGCUCCUGUCCCUGCAGCCUGGCAGAUUCGGUGCUGGUUUUGAUGCCCUAUGGACUGCUGGUGCCAGCACCCAAGGGCGAUGGUUCCUCCUGCUGCUCGUGGUCUCAGAUCAGCACCUGGUAGGAUGGUGCUCCAUGGUACUGUGUGCUCUGAGAGGCUGGGAGCAGACGGGUGCUCCUAAGAGACUGCAGACGUGGCUCCAGCUGCACAGCAGCCUGAGUGCAGCAGGACACUGCGCCAGCCCUGCUGGCCCCUUGCCUGCAGGGGCUCCGGGGCUGGGGAGCGAUGCUCCCAGGGCAGCUACAGCCACAGCCGCCUGACAUGCUGUCUGUGGAAUGGGGAUGGCUGAACCUGCUUCCCCAUAGUGAGGGGAGACCCAUCCCAGGCCAAGCUGGGGUGCGAGGAGAAGGCAGUGCCCCCUUUCUGCUUGCUGAUCCAUGGCUGCUGUGGGGAAAGGGCAUUCUUUGGGGUCUCUCAAGCCCUUCCAUCUCCUACCACUACAGGUGACCCUUUUAGGGGAUCUCCCUCCCAGGGCUGUGGGAGAGCCCUGCUCCUCAGGGCCUGGGCUGGGAGGCAGGUGCCCUGCUCAGCGCAGGAGCCCCAUUCCGGGGUAGCUGCUCCCAGGCCAGGUGCCUCUGGGCUGCAGCUCCCUUUGACACGGGCACUGCUCACGCACCAGGCAUAUGGUGCUGUGGGGCUGGCAGGAGCAGUGAGAGCUGCAGCAGAGCUGACCCCAUUACAGGCAGCAAUGUGACCACACAGUGACACCAGUGGCAGCCCUUCAGCUGCAGGGUGGAGGGUGGGAAGGGGCACCCCAAAAAGCCGCAUGGCCUGAAGCUGGCACAAUGGCAGCCAGCACGUUAUCAGGUAGCCACAGUGUGGGACACCAUGCAGCCACGCUGCCUGGAGCCCUGCACUGUGGCUGUGACGUGGCCACCGGGACAGGCUGUCACCAGAGACACCUCCAAAAAGUGGGUAGGACAGAAGCUAGGCCCUGGGGCUGCUCAGCACCACUCCAGCACACACGUGAGCAUGGGAUAGAGCCACGCUUCAAUGGGGCUGGUCCCCAUCCUCACCAUGGCACCACUCAUACAACCAGCCUUGCAGCCAGUGUCAAUUCACUCGUGGGGCAGCCCCCAGCCAGAGCUCCCCACAGCCCAUGGUAGGUCCCAGUGGGUGGCCCCUGCCCUGGGGUGCAGCCCUGGUGUCCUGGAUGCUCACAGUCACUGUGACCCACACAUGGACAUGGGUGCAGAGCAAGGGUGAGGAUCGAGGCACAUGGGGCACACCGGCUGCCCUAGAUACAAGGUUAGCCUGGGUGUGAGCAUGGCUGUGGUGUCAGGGAGGACACACAGCCACCUAAGAAGAGGGGCUAGGGGAAUUUCCUUCCUAUCACACUUUUCCCAGACCCACUUCAUAGCCUCAGCCCAAAGCACGUCAGCACCACGGCUGCAACCCCAGCCCCAGAAGAUUUACCAUAGCAGCCAGAACCCAUCACUUUUGUCCACUCUCUCCCUCUCCAUUUCUCACCAUCAGUGGCUGCAGCCCCAUCAUUCUCAGCCCUCCACCUCCCACUCUGUGCCGCAGGUCCCAGCCCAGCCGCUACUGUGAGAUACAGAGGUCUGCAGCAGCAGUGAUGGCUCUGGGGGUGCUGCUGGGCCAUGCCUGGAACUCACAGAGCACCUCGGGUGACUGUGGGAGGGGAGGAUGGUUCUGCCUUCCUCAGCACAGGGACAGCCCAUGGAGGCUCUGGGGCAGGCACUCCUCAUCCCUGCUCGCUGUGGGAAGCACCAAGGGUGCCAAGCACUCCCCAGCCCCACAUGGGCCGGGGUGGCCGAGCAGCAUGUCCAGAGCACUGGAGCAGGGAUAGGUCUGCCGGAGAGCCACAGUCACACACCAUGAGCUGGGGAGCAUGGCCGCAGGCACAGCCGCAGUGUCACACACCAUGGGCACAGCCCCAGUGUCACACACCAUGGGCACAGCCCCAGUGUCACACACCAUGGGCACAGCCUCAGUGUCACACACCAUGGGCACAGCCCCAGUGUCACACACCGUGGGCACAGCCCCAGUGUCACACACCGUGGGCACAGCCGCAGUGUCACACACCAUGGGCACAGCCGCAGUGUCACACACCGUGGGCACAGCCGCAGUGUCACACACCGUGGGCACAACCCCAGUGUCACACACCAUGGGCACAGCCGCAGUGUCACACACCAUGGGCACAGCCCCAGUGUCACACACCAUGGGCACAGCCGCAGUGUCACAUACCAUGGGCACAGCCACAGUGUCACACACCGUGGGCACAGCCCCAGUGUCACACACCAUGGGCACAGCCCGUGUCACACACCAUGGGCACAGCCUCAGUGUCACACAGCAUGGGCACAGCCCCAGUGUCACACAGCAUGGGCACAGCCCCAGUGUCACACACCAUGGGCACAGCCUCAGUGUCACACACCAUGGGCACAGCCUCAGUGUCACACACCAUGGGCACAGCCCCAGUGUCACACAGCGUGGGCACAGCCCCAGUGUCACACACCGUGGGCACAGCCGCAGUGUCACACAGCAUGGGCACAGCCUCAGUGUCACACAGCAUGGGCUGGGGAGCACAGCCUCAGUGUCACACACCAUGGGCACAGCAGCAGUGUCACACAGCAUGGGCUGGGGAGCACAGCCCCAGUGUCACACAGCAUGGGCUGGGGAGCACAGCCACAGGCCCUGCCAGGAGCCCUGUCACCAGUUAUUUAUUUUUACACAUUGUAAUAUGACUCCUGUUUUCUACUUUGUUUGUACCUUUUGUAUCGUGUCGCGCUGAGCUGCAUGUAUCGGGUGCUGCGCUUCGGCCGCACGUGGCCGCCCAGCACAGCCUGGACCCAAGUGCCAACUCCUCAAGAAAUGCCUUAAUAAACCACACUUGUUUGUA